GUCAUUUAGGAGCGACUCUACAUUAGAUCCUGGUGGACAGAGAAGGGUUGAUUGCACACAUUAUAAGAACCAUGUUUCACACCCAAGGACAACAUAUGAGGAAACUCCUGCCAUGUGUGUUGUUAUCAUUGGUCGUAGGCGUUGUGACGGGGCAGCGCAGCGUCAGCAGCAAAAGGGAUUGUUCUACAGAGGAAUACUGGAGCGACGGGCUCUGCUGUGACAAAUGUGCUCCAGGGUAUAAGUUGAUAAGGAAAUGCUCUAGUGUCAUGGCAUCGCAAUGUGAGAAAUGUUCGAAAGGGACAUACCUAGACAAGAUGAACUAUUUCCCAAACUGCUUCAGAUGCGAGAAAUGCACCAAGCGGAAUGCGGUGGUGAUUUCACCAUGUACACCCCAAAAUAACACAGUUUGUGAAUGUCAGUCUGGAUACUACAAAAAGUUCUUUGAUAAAAUUUCAUGGGAUUGUGUGCCCUUUAAAAGUACUGUUUCUGUAGCUAUUAGAGGUCUGCUACCAGAACCGAGCCUGAAAUACUCUCGGGUUUCGGGGCGGGUUCGGGGCGGGUUCGGGUCGGGAUCGACUUUGUAGCUAUUAUAAAGUAAAAUAUGAAGUAGGCUACGCUGCUUUCAUGGACACACUCC